AUGGGGGACAGAUUGGCGAUCAAUCUAGAGAUUUUAAAGCAAUGAACGUUAGAUACAAUGCCUUUGAUCCUCUAUAUCUUCUCUACCCACCAACUUACUCGUAGCAUUAACCCUUCUCUCUCUCUCUCUCUCUCUCAAGCUAAGCUUCAGAGGCCUGAAUUCUCCGCCAUGGAGGAGGGGCAAGCUAUAACCAAGACGAGCUACGACUCUCCCGGCUCAUGGAAGAAGAAAGGAAAAGGAGGAUUCCGAGCUUCCGGAUUCAUUUUCGCUCUGUCGGGGCUCGACAACAUGGGGUUCAUUGCGAACAUGGCGACCAUGGUGCUAUACUUCUACCUGGUGAUGCACUUUAAUGUGUCGACUGCUUCGAACACUCUGACCAACUUCCUGGGUUCAACCUUCUUGCUCACACUUGUUGGUGCCUUCAUUUCCGACACCUACUUGAGCAGACUCACGACCUGUCUUAUUUUCGGAACCAUCGAAGUUUUGGCUUUGGCAAUGUUAACAAUUGAGGCCCACGCCAAGCAUUUACACCCAAACAAAUGUGGGAAAUCAAGUUGCAUCCACGGAGGGACGGCCGUUUACUUCUAUGCCAACCUCUGCCUCUUAGCCAUCGGUUACGGAGGCGUCCGGGGCGCGUUCCCCGCGCUCGGGGCAGACCAAUUUGACCAGACGGACCCUGUCGAGGCCGCCUCUCUCCCCACCUUCUUCAACUAUCUCGUCCUCUGUACCACGGCCGGUGCCACCUUUGGGGUCACGGCCAUUGUGUGGGUCAGCAUGAACAAAGGAUGGCACUGGGGUUUCCUUAUUUCGACAAUCGCUAGCACCAUUGGCUUUGUCGUUUUGGCUGUGGGGAAGCCGUUUUAUCGCGUACAACGACAUGGAGAGAGCCCAGUCAUCCGAAUUUGGCAGGUUGUGCUUCUGGCCAUCAAAAACCGGAAGUUGCCCCUACCAGAGAAUUCAGCUGACUUGUUUGAGAUGAGUGACAAGGCGAGCAGUGUCUUAGCAGUGGCCAAAAUCGCUCACACCGACCAGCUAAGGUUCCUAGACAAAGCAGCAAUCCUACCGAAAGAAUCAAAGCCUGAGCCAUGGAAAGUGUGCACAGUGACCCAAGUUGAAGAGGUCAAAGUCCUGACGAGGAUGCUUCCAAUCUUGGCCAGCACCAUCAUCAUGAACACAUGCCUGGCUCAGCUCCAAACUUUCUCGGUCCAACAGGGCCGGCUCAUGGACCCGUAUCUCGGGUCCCUCAACAUCCCAACGCCGUCCAUCCCGGUCAUCCCCCUCUUCUUCAUGUCCAUCCUCAUCCCCAUCUACGAGUACGUGUUUGUCCCCUUCGCCCGCAAGCUCACCGGCCACCCGUCGGGCAUCACGCAGCUUCAGCGUGUCGGGGUUGGCCUCGUCCUGUCUGUGAUCUCCAUGGUCGUCGCCGGGUUCGUCGAGGUUAAGCGACGAGACGAGUGUAACAAGAGCCCCCCCUAUGCCAUCAGCCUCUUUUGGCUCGCUCUGCAGUAUAGCAUCUUCGGGAUCGCCGACAUGUUCACGCUGGUCGGGCUGCUGGAGUUCUUCUACAAAGAGGCGCCGGUCGGGAUGAGGUCACUCUCGACGUCAUUCACUUGGCUCUCGCUGUCCUUCGGCUACUUCUUGAGCUCCAUCUUUGUGAACCUCAUCAAUUCGGUCACUGAGAGGAUCACUCCUAGCAAGCAAGGAUGGCUACAUGGGGUGGACCUCAAUAAGAAUAAUGUCAAUCUGUUCUACUGGUUCCUGGCCAUCCUAAGCACGCUCAACUUCGGUGUAUACUUGGUCGCUGCCUCUUGGUACAAGUACAAGACGGAAGACCUUGCAGAUUCGGAGAUGAAACCGAUGGCCCCGAACGGCGUGCCUCUAAUUACGAACAACAACGAUAUGACCGACCGAAGCACUCAGAACGAUGCCUCGGUGGCGUUCAAUCCCGUUUCCUCUGCUGCUGAGCCCGUCGCUAAAGAUAAUAAAGCUGUGGAAAAAACAGAAGCUGCUGUGAACUAGUCUCAAAGUACAAUCGACUGCAAGAUUGAAAUUGGCAUUGUCCUCUACUUUGCCUUUAGUUUGGGUUGUGCGUAUGUUGCGCAUGUUGUGCUAUGAUCAAUCAAUUGCAGCUUAUUGGCACACACCUUGGCUUGGAUUCUGAUAUUAAUUUUGAUUUUUCGGUUUUCUAUAUA